UGCGAUCUGUGAGCAGUUGAGUUCAGCCUGGCUGCCUCUCCGGCAGGCUUGUGGCUCUGCGGACCGGCGAGGAGAGAGGCUUCUUUAGGUGGUGUAUGGCUCUGAGAGAUGCUUGGGAUCUCCGUGCAGCAGAAACAGCCAUAAAUGUGGAUUGUUUACACCGGUGGGUUAGGCCGUCCCUGCUUCCCAGCCUUCCCGCGACUCCGAGCGGCCGCCUCGGCUCAGCAGCGUCCCCGCAGAUAGCGUCAGUGGAGCGGGGCUGAUGGCCGCGGUGCUUGCCCCGGCCUUCAUCAUCAUCAUCCGCUUGUGUGUCUGCUAGAGAGCUAUACCACACUGCUACUCCCCCAAAGUCCCACGGGAAGAGCGGAGAAAGGAGGGGAGGAGCGGCGUUAGUGGCGCAGCAUCGCACCGUGCAUGGUGCUGCGGUGUCGGAGGGAGUGGAUGAGCAGCCGGAGCUGACCCCGAGAUGGCUGUUCUCAAACUGGCCGAGCAGCCUCCGCUCAUCCAGGCAAUCUUCAGUGGAGACCCUGAAGAGAUUCGUAUGCUCAUAUACAAGUCUGAAGAUGUUAAUGCUCUGGAUGCAGAGAAACGCACCCCGCUGCAUGCAGCAGCCUUCCUGGGUGAUGCCGAGAUCACAGAGCUCCUCAUCCUCUCCGGAGCUCGAGUCAAUGCUAAAGAUAAUAUGUGGCUCACACCUCUCCAUCGCGCCGUGGCUUCUCGGAGUGAGGAGGCUGUCCGGGUUUUGAUUCGUCACUCGGCUGACGUGAACGCACGUGACAAGAACUGGCAGACACCGCUGCAUGUUGCUGCAGCCAAUAACGCACUGCGAUGUGCUGAGGUCAUUAUCCCGCUGCUGAGUAGUGUGAACGUGUCGGACCGCGGCGGACGCACUGCCCUGCAUCAUGCCGCCCUCAAUGGCCACACUGAGAUGGUGAACCUCCUCCUUGCUAAAGGAGCCAACAUCAAUGCUUUUGAUAAGAAGGAUGGCCGAGCAUUGCACUGGGCAGCUUUCAUGGGGCAUUUGGAUGUGGUGUGUCUGCUGGUGAGUCAGGGGGCGGAGAUCAGCUGUAAGGACAAGCGGGGAUACACUCCCCUUCACACGGCAGCCUCCAGCGGACAGAUUGCUGUGGUCAAACACCUGCUCAACCUGGCUGUGGAGAUAGAUGAGGCCAAUGCAUUUGGGAACACAGCACUCCACUUGGCUUGUUUUAAUGGUCAGGACGCUGUUGCCAUCGAGCUGAUCGAUUACGGUGCCAACGUCAGCCAGCCCAACAACAAGGGCUUCACCCCACUGCACUUUGCUGCCGCCUCCAUACAUGGAGCGCUCUGUCUGGAAUUCCUUGUCAACAACGGAGCUGAUGUCAAUGUACAGAGCCGGGAUGGGAAGAGUCCGCUUCACAUGACAGCAGUUCAUGGUCGUUUCACUCGCUCCCAGACCCUCAUUCAGAAUGGUGGAGAGAUUGACAGUGUGGAUAAGGAUGGCAACACCCCUCUCCACAUUGCUGCCCGUUAUGGUCAUGAACUCCUCAUCAAUACUCUCAUUACCAGUGGAGCAGACUGCACAAGGCGAGGAGUCCAUGGCAUGUUCCCUCUCCACCUGGCUGCCUUGAACGCUCACUCUGACUGCUGCAGGAAGCUGUUGUCCUCAGGUCGGAGGUUUAGCAUAAUGUGUAACGACUCGGUCCUGUCUGCAGGCUUCCAGAUAGACACUCCUGACACUCUGGGGAGGACCUGCCUGCAUGCUGCUGCUGCUGGAGGUAAUGUGGAGUGUGUCAAGUUGCUCCUGAGCAGUGGUGGAGAUCACAACAGGAGGGAUAAUUGUGGCAGGACUCCUCUCCACUACGCGGCUGCCAGCCGUCACUAUCAGUGUCUAGAAACUCUGGUUGCUUGUGGAACCGCCAUCAACGCCACUGACCAGUGGGGGCGCUCUGCCCUGCACUACGCCGCCGCCUCUGACCUGGACAGGAGGCGUCGUGUUGCCCUGGAGCCGGAGAGUGAAGGAGUUCAGGCGGAGAGGGAGAAAGAGGCAGCGCUAUGUUUGGAGUUCCUGCUGCAGAGCAGAGCGACGGCCUCUCUGAAAGACAAACAGGGAUACAGUCCUGUCCACUACGCUGCAGCCUAUGGACACAGGCAUUGUCUGGAACUGCUGCUGGACAGAGACGACAAUCACCAAGAUGGCCCUGAAUCUCCCAACGCCAGGAGCCCGCUGCACCUAGCUGCAUACCACGGCCAUGCUCAGGCUCUGGAGGUGCUGCUGCAGGGGGAGACAGACGUGGACCAGGGGGACGAGGCUGGGAGAACUCCUCUGGCCCUGGCUGCCCUUCGGGGCCACACUGACUGUGUUCACACCCUCCUCAGCCAGGGGGCGUCGCCGCGCACCACCGACACCGAGCACGGCCGUACCCCAGUCCACCUGGCAGUGAUGAAUGGCCAUACGACGUGUGUGCGCCUCCUGCUGGAUGAAUCGGAUAGUGCAGAACUCGUGGAUGCUGCUGACUCUCAGGGACAGACUCCUCUGAUGCUGGCAGUGGCGGGGGGUCACGUGGACGCUGUGUCGCUGCUGCUGGAGAGGGAAGCCAACGUCAACUUGGCCAAUAACCAUGGCCUCACUUCUCUGCACCUCGGGCUGCUCUGUGGUCAGGAGGAGUGCAUCCAGUGUCUGUUGGAGCAGGAGGCUUCGGUUUUGCUUGGCGACUCGCAAGGACGUACCGCCAUCCACCUGGCGGCGGCCCGAGGCCAUGCCUCCUGGCUGAGUGAGCUGCUGAGCAUCGCCUGCUCCGAGCCGUCAUCCCUGCCCCCGCUGAGAGAUCACAAUGGAUACACACCUCUCCACUGGGCCUGCUACUACGGUCAUGAGGGGUGUGUGGAGGUUCUGCUCGAGCAGAAGGGCUGUCGCUGUAUUGAUGGGAACCCGUUCACCCCUCUGCACUGUGCUGUAAUGAAUGAUCAUGAGUCGUGUGCGUCGCUGCUGCUGGAGGCCAUGGGAUCAGACAUUGCUGGCUGCAAAGAUGCUAAGGACAGAACUCCUCUUCAUGCUGCAGCGUUUUCCGGUCACGUUGACUGUAUCCAGCUGCUCCUGUCCCAUGAUGCACCUGUCGACGCUGCAGACCAAUCAGGUCGCACUUCACUCAUGAUGGCGGCUGAGAAGGGCAGAGCUGGAGCCCUUGAGCUGCUGCUGACCAGCACCAACCCUGACCUCAGUCUGAGAGACAAAGAUGGCAACACUGCCCUGCAUCUAGCUUGCAGUAAUGGAAAAGAGGACUGUGUGCUGCUGAUCCUGGAGAAGCUGUCAGACACGGCACUCAUAAAUGCCACAAAUGCAGCGCUGCAGACUCCUCUUCACCUGGCGGCUCGAAGCGGCCUGAAGCAGGCGGUCCAGGAGCUGCUGUCCCGAGGAGCAAAUGUUCAGAAGGUGGAUGAGAACGGUCUGACGCCUGCUCUGGCUUGUGCUCCUAGCAGAGAGGUGGCUGACUGUCUGGCUCUCAUUCUGGCUACCAUGAUGCCUUUCUGCUCCCCUUGCAGCUCCGGGGCCCCCUCCCCAGGCUCCCUGCUGAGACAGCUGCCUCAUCAGGUGGGUAAAGGCCCAGGCACUGGCCCACGGGGCCCACGCAGCCCCAGGAACCCCUCGGGACCCUCCAGCGAGGGAACCACCGAGAAUGACUCCGAGGACUCGGAAACCUUCUGACCCCUGCAAACCAACCCUCUGCCCCCCCUACCUCCAGCUGUGCACCUGAACUCUUCACCCUCUCACCCCCGCCCCCCCUAAAGAAUGAUGCAGUGUUUCAAUCUGUGAUGUGCAGUCAUGAGGAAGAAGGGGCGACACUUGUCUGCGACACAGCUGACACUGGCAGUGCUUUCUCUUAGUGCCCUUUUCAGAAAUCACCGGGCGGAGCAGCCUCACUGCCCCGGACUGACUCCUGCAGCCGGAUCAGUUGCUCCGUGACGCUGUGGCUGAAGAAGAAGAAGAAUCGAAUCGGGAUCAGUUAUGGUCUGCAUGCUUGUGUUAACUCACACCACAGUUUGUUCUUUCUACUCACGGGUGCUUAAAUCCAAACCGACCUCGGUACUUAGUCUCCGCAUGGCAUCGCAGCUUGCCUCUGAGACUCGUUUUGUCUUACAGAAAAGCCAUUUUUAAUUGUUUGUACAAAAUGAAGUAGACCAUUAAGAAAGCUAAGUGUAAUUUUAACCUUUUUAGGAUUUUUUUUUUUUUUUUUUUUGCUUGUUGUUGUACCAAAUAUUUGACUUCCACAUGUAAAUAAUUAACAUGUACUGGAGGGACACAAGAAGAGCUACAAGGAGCUUGUUUUUAACUUGCUAACAACUGAAGCACAAACUGAUUUUUUUUUUUUUUUUAGGGUUUAAAGAAAUGUGGCUGAAAUGUGAAGUGUGCAGCCGUCAGAAAGAUGAUCAGUAGUUAAAAUAUUCAACAGGAAAGGGGAUAUGACACAGUGGGUACAUCUCAACUCCCUUCUUUGGAUCCGGUUUCCGAUAGACCCGCCACGAUUGGUCGAUUAAUCGAUCUGAAGUAUCUAUUCAAACACGCCACUCUGAGCUGUGGGAAAUUUUGAUGAGCAUUUUUUACAGUGUUUGACAUUUCACGAUUUCACAGCUGGAUGAGCUGCCAUUCAGCUUCUGAUCUUCUCUGUAGCUUCACUGCUCAGAGGCUGAAAUGUUGCAAGUAAUCUCAAAUGACAAUACAGUCUCGUACGUGACUGUGGUCCAUGGCAGACAGACAACGAAAAGCUGAAGGACUCUCAGACCCUCUUUGUGCUGGAUGAUACAACAUAAAACUCCACAUUUUUUAUGCUACACAGCGGUAAACAUGGGAGUAUGGCGGGCGUUUCGUCAAAUUCAGACGCCGUCUCCAACGUCAUCACGUCUGACAAAUGAUGUGUGAUCGUCAUCGUGUUAUUCACAACCUGAAUAAUGAAAUGUUGAUUCUGUGCACAAUCACUCAAUGUGAUAAACACAUUAGCACAACAUAUAACGUGCAUUAUUCUGAAAUGGGCCGCAUGAGUCUCGUACUUACUUUUUUGGUACUUUGAGUAUAUUUUGAUGCUCGUGCGUAUGCACUGUUAUGUAUGUAGAAAUUUAAAUGCAUGACUUCUUACAGUGUGUGUCACUGCACUAUUGCUACUUAACUGUAAGAUUGGAGUACUUCUUCCACCUCUGGACUUGAGUGAAUGAGGGUCUCAUGUAUCUGCCCUCGCGCCCCCUCGGAGCGAGGAAGUGAUGAAAUAAGGAAAUUGGGAUGUACCCACUGAUGAACGGAGAUUCAUUUCAUCCCGUGGCCUUUAAUGGCCUCCUGCACUGUUCUGUGUGUGUGUUAGUCCCUUCCUGUAGUACGUGGUCGCACACGCCCGUAGUCCCGUACAGCCAAUGGUGACCAAUUGAAUACUUUUCACGCAAGCCUUGGUUCUUCAAUUUUCUCAAGUGAAGAAGAGCUUUUUCAGGUCUGCUCACUUCAUUGUGGUAUUUAUUAUCUUUUACACAAUGGUACAAAUACUGCCAGCACUUAAAUGUAGAGUAACACAGGGCCUUGACCACUUUUAUUUCCUUCCCCUCCUCCCCUCCGCUUGUCCACCCACCAGCUAUGUGCCAAUUGUCUCAAACGUGUCCAGUGCCUUGAUGUUGAUUCUUUUUUUUUCUUUUUUUUUUUUUUUAACAACAAACAGAUUCUACUAAUCUUUAUUAUUAAAGGAUCAGUUCACCAAAAUCACCAAAUAUUUUUGUUUGGAACCCUAGAGGUAUUGAGCUGUGCAGGUUUGCCCGGGUUUUGAGAUAUUUGCUUCAGAUUAUAACCAAAACAUUUUUAGAAUUUUUUUUUUCUUAUUCAUUUUUGCUGAUAUAACAGUCAAGAGGCAGGAAACAAGAUAUUUUUAGUUUGGGCUUCUCCAGAGCAAAAAGGACCUUAUGGUAACAACUGUCAACUGCUCUAAAGAAUACCCAGUAACACUUUCUAUGAAGACCACAUCUAUAGCGUUAUGGGGCAUUCAUAGUGUUUUAUAAUGCAUCCAUCAUUUUUUUAGGACUGCAUUCAUGAACAUACAUAAUGCUUUCUGAUGCACUAUAUCAACAGUCAAAAAAAUUCUAGAUAUGAUUUGUAAUGAAUUAUAAAUUCAAGUGUCUUAUGGAUCCUCUUGACUAGUUAUGACCAAGAGGUUUCUCGAUGGGGCUCUUAAUGCAUUAUGACUACCUACAUUAUGGUUCAUACUGUACCAUAAUAAUGAAGCAGCAUGUCGAGUUUUGAAUUUUACUUGUUGUGAGCAAUAUUGAAUUCACUCCACUGGCACAGUGAGAAAUCUCACAUAUAACCUGGACAACCAACACAGCCGUUUUUUUUUCCAUUAUUUUUUGGGUGGACUGAUUCUUCUCAUUAUGUUGAACGUGAUGUGGCUGAUGACGUCACAUUCAGUGACACAGUUUGAGUUUGACUGAAAUGGUGUCUCACUCCACCGUCUUCUCUCCUCGGAGACUGGCGAUGUUCUAUAUUUUUCUGGUUCUCAGUCUGUCACCUUAAAAGACCAAAACCCGUGUUAGUCCACCUCCGGUUGCUUUCAGCCUGUCUGUGGCACUCAGUCCCAAGCCCUUUCAUCACUAAGGAUGUUUAAAAAAAAAAGGAUACUUUGGUUUUUAGAACAUGUCAGAUCAUUUCCUAAAACAGUGAGGCACUCUAGUUUGUAAGGAAAUGUUACUCAAGUGGGAGUAAAUAGUGCAUUUUUGGGGGACUGUUUUCAGUAGUGAAUCGAUACACAUUUGGUGGGUAUGUACACCAGAAAACCUGCCACCCAGCUCAACAGUGUGGCUUAGUGAUGAUUUGAACCAUUUUUUGGACAACAGUGGAGCUCUGUGCCCCAUAGGAAUACGUUAAGACUUUUGUGCUGGCCUUUUCCUGAGCUUUGUAGACAUUAGGAAAAUUACAGAAUGUCUCCAGACUUAUCCUUUAAGUUGGUUGUGUGUGUGUGUGUGUGUGUGUGUGUGUGUGAGCGUGUUAAUUUAGGUACUGAUAUGAAAUUGAACUGCUUUUGUAUAUAAUGUUGUUGUAAAGCUUGGUAUGAAAAAACAAAUCUCCAUCACAGAGAGCCCAGCGUGAUGCCUCCAUGCUGAACGGCUGAAUACGAACACACGACAAAGUGGUUUAGUUGUCUUUUCAGAACAGACUAAAAGUUAUGCACAUUGAUGACCUGAUUUGAAACUGCGGUUGGACUGAAAUGGAGACGACUCCCGAGGCCAAUAAGCACACGUUGUUAACAAGCACAGUCUUUUCUGUCCCAGAGCUGAAGCAGACCUCUGAACCUGUCUGCCAGAGUUGUUCUUCUACCAGAAAAUGAUCUUCAUCAGUCCUGACAAUCGCUAUGGUCAUGUGUCUGAUGAGUUUCAUGCCAGUUCCUGAUGCAGUACGACAUGCUGAGGGCUGUUUGUCAGCUACCUUUUGUUUUCUAUAAACUGUACAAUUAAAAAGAAGCUGUUUGAAGUUA